AAAGAAGCAGAAAGCAAGCUGACUGGAUAUACCGAUAGUGACUGGGCAGGAUCACUGGAUGAUCGAAAAAGCACAUCGGGGUACAUAUUCUGCCUGGGUUCAAAACCCAUUUCCUGGAGUUCAAAGAAGCAGAAGACUGUGGCAUUAUCCUCAGCGGAAGCAGAAUAUAUCGCAGCUACAGAUGCAGCAUGCGAAGCGGUAUGGCUAAAAAGAUUAAUUUCUGAUUUGCAGCAAAAUGAAAAUGGUCCAACCAUUAUUCAUUGUGACAACAUGUCAGCCAUAGCCAUGACAAAGAAUCCAGUAUUUCACGCAAGAUCGAAGCAUAUCGAGUUGCGUCAUCAUUUCUUCCGAGACCUCGUCAACGAAGGAUUAAUCGUGAUGGAAUUUAUCAACACCGACGACCAGCCAAGCAGAUAUCAUGACAAAGGCGGUUGGUUACCCGUGAGAAAUUUGAGAAGUUCAAGAAGUUAUUUCAAAUUGCAAAUUAAGAGGGGGUGUUGAAAGGUAAUUUGCAUUUGAUAAAUUAAAUCAAUAAGUGAUCAAUGAUGAACCUAAAUUUAAGAAGACCAUUACUACA